GAUGAUGAAGAGUGAGCAUCGAUGAACUGCAACCGCCGGGAACACACACCACAUUGGGAUAUUUAGCCUGCAAACAAAAACACACAAGACAAUUAUCAUUACAUUUCUGUAUGUGUGGCGUCAAAUAGACCAGCAGGGGGCGUAACAAGCUUGCUUUCAGGCCGAAUCAAGUGCCGACUGGGCUGAGUGCUGCUCGUCUUGUCUUUUCUUCUGCUCAUUCCCCCCCCCCCCCUCAAGCUGAAACGCGAGAUCAAAGCUGACUCGGCACUUUUUGUUUCCGCAACGACGACAUUUGGGAAGUCAAUCAGGCACCAGAAGAAGAAAACAGAAGAAGAUGACCACAAGGAAGAAGACGCCCAUGUGUGCGCGUCAUCGGAAACGCCAAGACGGCAGAUGUUUGUUGCAUCACGGCAACAGUCAGUGCCAGCUGUCCCUAAUAUUUUGGAGCAUGUUGAAAACGUUUGACCCGAGACACGAGCGACGCUCCCCUCCGACUCUCUCUCCCUCCCUCUCCCUCUCCCUCUCUCUCUCCCCAUCUGUUCUCGCUCGCCCUUUGCCGUGGCUCGACACAAUCACGACGACUGCGACACACACAGAAACCUUUCUGGACAACGCACACACAUCUCUCCAAGAGGUUCCACAAGAGGAAGAGGAGGAGGAACGAGGGAGGAAGAAUUUGGCCUUCAAACCGCUGGAAACAACCAUAUUUGGUCACUGAAGACAGCCUUUAAAAAAGACGCCAGCACGCCUCACUAGCGGCCAUCAGACCGCAGCUCAGCCUCCGAAGCCAGUUAGACUGGGCAACACCGAGUUCGGUGCACGUCUAUCAUGAGGAGACCCACAAAAAAGAAAAGGUCUCAAGAAGCCACGCCGCCCGAAAAGACACAGGACGUGAGCUGUUUUGGUUCAAAGCCGCCAUUUUGGCAAGGAAACUCACAAGGUAUGAGGACGGGGCCGCUACUGGCGGCCGUAUGGCUGCUUCUGGUCUUCACCGUGACGCCCGGACAAAACGGACGGGACACGCGACGGACCAAGAGGAAACGAGACGGACACGAACCAGAAUCUGUGUAUGAGGGUAAUCCGGAAUCCCAGGACCUGACACUCGCAUCUCUGCAAAUUCCUGCCUUUGCAGGUGGUACCAGAGUCUGUGUGAAAAGGGGCAGUGCAAGAGUCUGUGUGAAAGGGAGUCUGCAAUUCCAGGACCUGACGCUCACUCGAAAGCAACCGUUGCCGCCAGACAAACGCGUUACGUUGCUGUGCACAGUUAUGGCAGUCGCUUGUUUCGCUGGGUUCGGUGACAAAGGUCAGGCUCGAGUCAGAUCGGGGCACGCUAAACCCCUUCGGAGCCGCCAAGUUCCCCACAGUCCACGCGUUCCGGCGGAGCCUGUCCGAGGGAACGCGGUCUUGCUGGAGUCCUACAGGGACGGACCGGAGCGACACUCCAGCUACAACGUUCUACCGGGUAGGCAGGGCCAGUGCGUGUUCCGGGGCAUGACCAUGUUCAACCAGGCCGCCUGGGCUCCCACGCCGUGUGUCACGUGUCUAUGCACGGGGGGGCGGGUGGUCUGCGACGAGCUAGCCUGUCCCGCCGCCACGCCCUGCCGCCUCCCGAUGGUGCCCGCCGCCGGCGGGGAGUGCUGCCCCGUCUGCACGGACUCAGCACCCCGUAACCAUGACAACCACGACUCCAUCGCAUCCACCCCCCAACUCACCCACGAGGAAAUCCAGCGCAUCCUGUGGAGGGAGGAAGAGGAGCGCCUGGAGGAAGAUGAGCAAUUAAGAAAGCGAGAGGAGGCGAAGAAGAGGAAGAGGAAGGAGAGGAAGGAGCAGGAGGAGAAGCAGAGGAGGAUAGCAGAGGAGGCGAGGAGGAGGAGGGAGGAAGAAGAGGAGGAGAGGAGGAAGACAGAGGAAGAGGAGAGCAGGAGGAAGGAGGAGAAAGAAGCACGGGAGCGAGAGGAAAAGCUGAGAGAGGAAAUCCUGCGAGAGCAGGAAGAGGAGGAGGUGUGGUUAAGAGGAGAUGUCUUCCAAAUGCUCCCAAAAGAAGAAGAAGAACCCGAGGAACCGGAUCUGCUCCCGGCUCCCAUCCCAAGACCUCCUGCCGCCGCAGAGGAUGAGCUGAAGGAAGAGGAGGAUGAAGAGGAGGAGGAAGAGAAAGAGGUGGCGGUGAAGGCAGGAGGUCUUCCUCCCGGCUGCGACAUCUCCGACGUCACGCUGACGUGCGACAACGCCAAACUGACGUACUUCCCACCUCUCCUCAUGCCGCAGCUCAAGUCUCUCAGCCUGGAGGGCAACAACAUCAGCAGCAUCCCGGCGGAGGCUUUCAACGGCAUUCCCAAUCUGGAAUGGAUCAACUUGAAGAAGAACAAACUCACGUCUGCAGGGAUUGCUCAAAGAGCCUUUCAAAGUCUGAAGAUGCUGAAGCGUCUGUAUUUGGACGGGAACCUUCUAGAGGUGGCUCCCGCCAACCUCCCGCCGAGCCUGCAAGAGCUCAAAAUCAAUGAAAAUCGACUGCAGAGGAUCCAAGGAAACACUUUCCAAGGUCUGAGCAGUUUGGUGAUUCUGGAGCUGGAGGCCAACCUUCUGAGCGAGGCCAACAUGGACCCCGAGGCCUUUGCGUCCCUGGCCCAGCUGUCCUACCUGCGACUGGGACAAAACCACUUCCGAUCCGUCCCCCAGGGCCUCCCCCCAUUACUCCUGGAGUUGUACCUGGAGAACAACCUCAUCGAAGAAAUCCCAGCAGGAGUCUUCAACAACAGCCAAAACCUCAACGUGCUGUCCCUCAGGCACAACAGGCUGGAGGAGACCAGAAUCGCCCCUCUGGCCUGGAUCCACCACAGGAGUCUGGAGUCCGUGGACCUUUCCUACAACAAACUGUACCUGGUGCCGUCCUACCUGCCAACGUCGCUCGUUCACCUCGUGCUCGUGGGGAAUCACAUUGAGAGAAUACCCGGCUUCGUGUUCGCCCACAUGGAUCCCGGUCUGGAGUACCUGUACCUGUCCUACAACAAGCUGGACGGGGAGGCCAUCGAGCCCGAGUCCUUCUUCGGGUCCUACCACUCCAUGGUGGAGCUUUGUCUGGACCACAACCAGCUGCUCAGCGUGCCGUCGGGCAUCAACGAGAUGACCAACUUGCACUUCCUCAGACUCAACAACAACAACAUCAGGAGCAUCCCCGACGAGGGCAUCUGCGAUCCGGAGUGCAACGGAGACUCCACGUUGGUGGCCGUGAGGCUGGAGAACAACCUGAUCGACCCGCUCAAGGUUUCCCCCUCGGCCUUUUCCUGCGUGCGGUCCUCGUCUAGCGUGGUCUUAAAACCCCAGAAAAUCAAAUGAGCCAAGCGACGGAUCGAAACGCCUUUGCAACUCUUCAACGCAAACAAAUUUGUAUUUCAACUAGCAACCAUAUUGACUUUGAACCCUUCACUUGAAUUGUGGGAUUUCCAAUAAUAUGAUGUCAUUUAGGGUCACGAUCGAUGACUGUAGCCUGCUCUGCCCCCGUGUCGCCGGUCUUUGCGAAACUUUACGGACGCUAAGCGGGGGUGGGGGAAACCAGGCCUGUUUCUACGUUUCGGAGGAAAUAUGAGAGGCGUAGCAGAAGCAGAACGGUGACUGUGUGAAACCUGGGAUGGGGGAUGUGGAGUUUUAACACCCCGUUGUCACCAGCAGACAAGUACUACUUUGUCGCUGUCCCGCUUGACUUGGUUCUAGCAUCUUUCACGCAGAACCCAGCGAAGAGAAAGAGAAUAAUAUGUUGAGAUUCGACCAAACGAACCGCACCAAGGGGUUUAUCAAAGUUGUCCUCUAUUAAAAUGUACUAUAGGGUUGCAUCGUCAAAACACCCAGAGCCAGUGGGCUUUUUCACCCACAACACAGCGAAGCAAGACACCGGCGCAGGACUGUAUGUGGCAACGCUUUUUGCGUAAACUACGUGAAAGAGGAUAGUGUUUACACCCGACCAAAUUUGCACCAAAGGGUAAAUCGAAGUUCGAUUUAAACGGACUACAGGGAACUAGUCUGUGUGAAAGCAACCCAGGUCAGCAGCCUAUUUCACACAGAACCCAGCAAAGCGGUACACUGGUACAGGACUGUUGGACUCCAAUUGCUGCGAAACCUUUUAUGAAAGGAGCUACCAUACAACACAAAUGCUGACCGCGAUUUCCGCACAGACCUUGUGUGAAAUCAGCAAAAGUUAACACCCAAACAAAACAUACGACACCAAGGUGGAAAUUGAAAUUCGAUUCAAACAGAUGACUGAGUGGUAGUGUGAAAGCAUCCCCAGUCUGUAGCCCCUUUUUUUCAUAAACGGCGUAAAAAUUUUUUUACAUCGGACCAAACAAACUGCACCAAAGGGGAAGCCAAGGUUGGAUUGGUUGGGUUCUGCGUGAAACAUAAAUGCUGGAUCCAAUUUUUGGCAAACAAGAGUUUACGCCAGACCAAACAAACGACACCAAGCGAGAAACUGUAGUCCUAGUCCAACACUGGUGCAGGACUGUGUGAGGCUCCAAUUUUCUCGUAAACUGCGAGAAAGAGGCUACCACCGAAACAAACUAACUGCACCAAGGGGAAACCAUAGUUGGAUUGGUUGCUUUCUGUGUGAAACCCAAAUGUUCUUGUCUAACCUCUGUGUAAAAUGAGCCGACCAAAUGAACAGCGGCAAAGGAUUAACCCAAAUCUGACUGAAAUGGACUCAAGUGCGGUAGGGUGAAAGCAACCCAGGUCAGUCGCCCCUUUCACACAGACGCCAGGUACCUGUUCUGUUUUUCCCGUUUUCACACAGCUACCGUCCCGCCUCGAUAAUUCCUCCAGAGCCGUUUGACUUGCACCUCAGCAUUCCGUGACGGUGCCAUUCACACGGAACGGCGACACACGAUGGGGGGGGGGAACCCACCGUGAUGGGGUCUCGGUACUGCUGCUGAGCGCUGGGCACGUUUGCAGUGGACUUUCUUGUACAAUGCCGACAGUUUGAAGUCUGAGUGAACAACAAAUAUUUUUCAAAUAAAUAUACUCAACAUUG